CCGUAGUUGGACGGUGCUGGCAGCACCGGCGGCGGCUCGUGUCAGUCUUGCACCGAGCGUCGACACGUAGUGACGUGACGCGUCUGAGUCCGGGGUGAAAAGUUGGGUGCGCGACGUCAAGGGCGGGUGGUCGACGGCGAGAAAGAGGAAGAUCGCGAGGUCGGUUCAACGCGGUUCAGAUUUGACAGGUGCGCGACUCUCCGGGAAGACAGAGAGGGAAAGAAAGUAGGACGGAUCGCCGCAUGCCGAGGAUCAUCCUUGGCGCGUCAUCGCGGCGGUUCGAUUCGACACGCGCGAGUAACAUCGAGAAACGCGACGGAGGAAGGUGGCGACGUGCGACGACGCUGUGCUUGGUCGCGCGGCGAGACAAAGAACAGGCGCGAGAGAGAAAGAACGAGCGAACGAAAGAGAGAGAGAGAGGAUAGCUCGACGAAGAGAGAAGGUGGCGUCCGAGAUCGACGUAUAGAGGCGCUCUCUUGCGUGCGAGCUGACAGCUCGCCGCUUCUCGCAGCUACGGGUAGCGCGUAUCGAGCUACCGAGGUGUUUCGAAGCGCGGCAGCGGCGGCCCAGGAUGCUGCCCGACGUAGCAAGAAGAUGGCCGUGAUCGGCGAACGCAGGUAUCACGCGGCGGUCCGUGCGAGCGCGUACACGGAGUUGUUCUCGUGUCACAGGGUCGAGGGUCAGGCCGUUGAGACUGCUGCGGUAACGUCCCCGUUGCCGUCACCCUCGUCCUCGUCGUCGUCCUCGUCCUCGUCCUCGGCGUUGGCGCGCCGCCGUAGGCACAGGAAGAAAGGAGCAGCGGGUCAUUCGCCGCCGCCGCCGCCGUCGCCGUCACCUCUGCAGCCGCCACUACCACCACUACAGCAGCAGCAGCAGCUUGAGAUGUCGUCCUCGCGCGGAGGCGGCCUCGAGUCCGGCGAGUUCAGCGAUCCCGACGACCUGGACACGGAUCCGCUCCGUUACGAGCUGAGGAACAUCCAGAGCAUCAUUCACGUCACCCGGCAGAACAUCGAUACUCUGAACAAUCGCUUCGCUGGCUUGCAACACCCGCCUUCGAUUUAUCUGAACGAGUAUCAGGAACUGACAAGUAAGUUGCAUAAGCUCGAAAGCGAGGAGCAGAAGCUUAACGAGCUGCUGAAUACGAGAAGAGGUUCUACUAGUGUUUCUAUAUCGGAGAGUGAGAACAAUGCGGCCAGAGGACCGAGAACACCGGUAAAGUCCUUUAGUACUCUCAGAGCGUACCUACCUAAUCAGCAACGUACAAGUGUGCAAGUGCGAGAGGGCCUUUCCUUGAGAGACGCAUUGGCCAAAGCGAUGAAGCUUAGAAAUCUCACUACUGAGAUGUGCGCAGUCUAUGUUAUGGGUAUGGACAGCUCCAAGUACUUGAUACCUUGGGACGUGGACAUCUCAUCGUUGGAGUGUGAUGAAAUAUUGGUGGAGAUUUUGGAUAAGUUUCCUAUAACCACUUCCAUUUCGCACAAUUUUGUGCGUAAGACAUUUUUCUCCCUAGCCUUUUGCGAAUGCUGCAGGAAGCUACUCUUCCAAGGAUUUUAUUGCAGAACAUGUAAUUACAGAUUUCAUCAGAGAUGCGCCGGUGGUGUGCCUGCCCUAUGUCAUCAGGUACGCAUGCAGGAUGCUUACUACCAAGCAUUACUCGCACAUAAUCCAGAGACUACGGCUGGAAUCUUGCAACUUCCUUCUGGUUACGGAUUGAGUAGAAGUAUGUCUCCCUCUCUGGCUCCAUCGAGAAAUCAGAGGCAUCCACGUUCCUUGGCCCAGCAAGAUCGAUCUAGCUCAGCACCUAAUGUCUGCUUCAAUAUGGUUAAACCAGGUGGCGAACCUAUUAAUCUAGAUGAGUACAGUAGAUCUCAGAGUUUAAGUAGACCCGUUACUACUCAAAGUCCUGUGUCACCUGGCAGCAGCCCAACAAAGCAUAGUCAGUCUACGCAGGCUAGUCCUACGAGUACCUUAAGGCCAAAACGACCAAGAGCAAAGUCAGCUGAUGAAUCUUCAAAAAAUCUCUUACCGCCAAGAGAGUCCUUUGAAGAUUGGGAAAUUCCAGCGGAUGAGAUUCUAGUAGGGCCACGCAUCGGAUCAGGAUCAUUUGGAACUGUUUACAAGGCUCAUUGGCAUGGACCUGUCGCAGUGAAAACACUCAAUGUUAAAAUUCCAACGUCUGCACAAUUACAAGCAUUCAAAAAUGAGGUGGCAGUUUUACGUAAAACUCGACAUGUGAAUAUCUUGCUGUUUAUGGGCUGCGUUAGUAAACCACAACUUGCAAUUGUUACUCAAUGGUGCGAAGGCUCAUCUUUAUAUAAACACUUGCAUGUAUUUGAGUCUAAGUUUGAACUAUUGACAUUGAUAGAGAUUGGGAGACAAACUGCGCAAGGUAUGGAUUACUUGCACGCUAAGAAUAUCAUUCAUCGGGACUUGAAGAGCAACAAUAUAUUCCUGCACGACGAUCUCACUGUUAAAAUUGGCGAUUUUGGUCUGGCAACAGCAAAAACUCGAUGGUCCAGUUCUCAACAAUUUCAUCAGCCGACUGGUUCCAUUCUGUGGAUGGCACCAGAAGUGAUCAGAAUGCAAGAAGAAAAUCCGUAUAGUUUCCAGUCUGACGGUUAUGCAUUUGGUGUAGUGUUGUUCGAGUUACUAGCUGGUCAACUACCGUAUUCGCAUAUAAACAAUAAAGAUCAGAUACUGUUUAUGGUAGGACGUGGCUAUUUGCGUCCUGAUUUGAACAAAUUACGUUCUGAUACGCCGAAAGCACUGAAGAGACUCACGGAGGACUGCAUUAAAUUUUCGCGGGAUGACCGACCAAUAUUUCGUCAGAUCUUGACCAGUUUAGAGAGUCUUCUGCGUGGUUUACCGAAGAUAACAAGAUCGGCGUCCGAACCAAAUCUCAACAGAACGCAGCUGCAGUCGGAUGAUUUUCUAUAUACCUGUGCUUCACCAAAAACUCCGGUGAACUUUCAAUUUGGAGGAUUUCCCUUUUAUCCUUCCGGUGGAAAUAUAUAAAUGUAUCGGCUGACACACAUUAUAAGUCUGAUGCACUUUGCAUAAGGAAGUAUUUAAAAUAUCGAACGUAACGAUAUAAGCUUAACUCUAUGAACAAAUUACAUAAUUCUUUCACACUACACUUUUAUUGUAUUGCAAAUGUUUGCUCGAUGUGGAAUGUGAUAACAUUCUCUUUGAUAUAAGACAAAGGUCAAGAAAAUUAAUCUUAUAUAUAUAUAUAUAUAUAUAUAUAUAUAUAUAUAUAUAAAAGAAGGGGAAGAAAAAAAGAGAACGCAUGUGUAGCUUUUAUCUUUAGACAUUUACCGUUUACAGAAAUAAAUUUUCAUUUCAUUAGGUACGAUCAUUCAUGUAUUAUAAAUACAUACUCGUAUACACACAUAUACAGCAGUGUACAUAUA